UAUUCCAAGAUGGCUGCCUCCAUGUUGCAGCGGUGUGUUCGACUUGCAAGAGGCUCAGUAAAAUGUUCAACACAUAUGUUUACGGCCAGAAGAUGCCUACUGUCACCGGCGUACUUAGAUGCCAGUAUAUGGGAACAGAGGGAGAAAGACCCCCAAAACCUGGCUGAAUUGGCAUUGCUAAUGGACAGGACCUACGAAAGGAAGCUUCCUGUCAGCUCUCUGACCAUCUCACGGUUUGUCGACAAUAUAUCCUCAAAAGAAGAGGUGGAGCAAGCUGAGUAUUAUCUUUACAAAUUCCGCCACAGCCCCAACUGCUGGUACCUGCGGGACUGGACCAUCCACAGCUGGGUCAGGCAGUGUCUUAAGUAUGGGGCUCGAGACAAGGCCCUGCAUACCCUAAAAAACAAGGUGCAGUAUGGAAUGUUUCCAGAUGACACAACCUUCAAUUUACUGAUAGAUUCCUUCUUAAAAGAAGAGGACUAUAAAGGUGCAUGUGCUGUUGUGGAGGAGGUGAUGUUGCAGGAAGCAUUUGAUCUGCCCUCCACACAGAUUUCAUCCCUGUACGCAGUGACGAAGCACCUAGCAACCAAACCUGAACUCGGCUGGAGGGAGGAGAGGAGCUUGGGAGCAACUCUGCUGAUUGCAGGUCUGAAACAGGAGAACUCGGUGGCACUCAGCGCUCAGCUGCUUGGAUGUGCUCUCCUAGGUAAAGUGGAAAUGUCCAGGGGCAUACGUGAUGUGUACCAUGAGAUGCCCCUGAUCUGGACUCCUGGCUACCUCAACCGAGCCCUGAACGUCAUGGAGAAAGUGUGCUCUGGUGCCACUGAUGUCAAACUAUCAAAAGAAGUCCUGGACUGUCUGGAGGGGGUGUUGCAGGGUUUGUCCUCUGCUCCUGAGGCGGGCGCAGACGAAGGGGAGGAGGCCGCACCGGACGCUAAGACCGACGAGACGGUCAGGGAGGAGGACCAGCUGGAGAGGGCCAGGCUCCCCGAGUAUGCCAGCAGGUUCCAGGACCUGAGCAGUAAGCUGCGGUCGCUGGACGGAGUCGAGCCCAGCAGCCUGCACGCUCUGGUCUCCGCGCUGGCCGAGCAGGAGCUGGGUGCGGCCGAGAGGGCGGACACGGAGAGGUACACCGGGAAGGUGCAGGAGUGGGAGGAGGAGCGCCAGCACCUGGUACAGAGGGAGAAGGAGUCGAGGGAGAAGGCGCUGCAGGAGCGCUUGGCCAGGCAGGCCGCCAGGGCUGCAUCGUAGCCCUGUGUCUGCGCGCGUGAGGUCAUCCAGGGCUCCCUCAGUGAAUGAUUCAGACCUACCACACGCAUCUCUGCCGUGUCACAAACAGGAAUGUUUGACCUGACAGCCUAUACUCUGGCCAUUCUGCGAAUCAAAACUUUAUUUGGUCAAACGGUGGCUAUUGGUUAUUGGCUGGAAAUAUGGUAUUAAUUCAAAUAUGACACAGCUGAAAUAUUUUGAAGCCCACAGUGUCUUCCUCAUUUAUUUACACCCCAUAAUGAACAUGUAAAAGGAACAAAGUGUACAUAUCGGAUAAUUAUUUCUGCUUAGGAUUUUUAGAAAUGAUAUUCUUUAGUCUUAAGGACAUGAAUAGUAG